AACUAAGUAGUUUAGGAGUAAUUAUGCCUUACUUUUUAAUAUCUCACAUCCAUUACAUUGUUCACGAUCUUCUGGAUUCUUUGAUCUAACACCACCGAUCUUGUCAAUCACUCUUCCUCCCAUCCACUUCAUCACUCUUCCCAAACACUGCCUAAGAAACCCAUCACACCCCUUCAUUACGUUUUCCUUAUCCUAAUAAAAAAUAGAGCAUUCAUCACUCGAACACACACGCCCUUCGUCACGGACGAUACUGCACAUCCAUUCACACCAUUUUUUCCGAGCGCCUUGAACACACACAAAAGCAAGUGAAAGGAGGUACAACAGAUGAGUAUUUUAAAGUAUUUGGAGACGUCCAGGCAUAAGGUUUUUGCUACAAGAAAGUAUCUGAAAGUACUCGGUUUUUCCUCUUUCCACACAGCUCCAAAUUCCUCUGUGGAACUUCACUCACAAGAAGAGGAAGUAGUGAUUGCUUUGGGAAGCAAUGUAGGUGACAGGCUGCAUAACUUUAAGGAAGCCUUGAAGAUGAUGAGAAACUCAGGCAUUAACAUCACAAGACAUGCUGGCCUGUAUGAGACAGCCCCGGCAUAUGUCACGGAUCAACCUCGAUUUAUCAAUUCAGCAGUUAGAGCUGUCACUAAACUUGGUCCACAUGAAUUAUUGUCCACGCUGAAAAGAAUUGAGAAGGACUUGGGCCGAACAGAUGGCAUAAGGUAUGGUCCAAGGCCAAUUGACUUAGACAUUUUAUUCUAUGGUAAAUAUAAAGUGAGUUCUGAUAUCCUCACUAUACCUCAUGAAAGAAUUUGGGAAAGGCCAUUUGUUAUGGCCCCUUUGAUGGAUUUAUUGGGAUCAGCUAUUGACAGUGAUGCAGUUGCUGCCUGGCAUUCAUUUUCUGGCCAUUCUGGUGGACUCUCUGGAUUAUGGGAGGAUUUAGGCAGUGAGUCCCUUAUUGGAGAGGAAGGUAUGUAUAGGGUAAUUCCUGUUGCAAAUGGGUUACUUGAUUGGUCUAGGAGAACUUGUGUGAUGGGGAUCCUUAAUGUGACUCCAGAUAGUUUCAGUGAUGGGGGGAAUUUUCUGUCUGUGGAGUCAGCUGUUUCUCAGGUUCGGUUAAUGAUUUCGGAAGGAGCAGAUAUGAUUGAUAUUGGGGCACAGUCUACUCGGCCAAUGGCUAGUAGGAUCUCUGUUGAAGAAGAAUUAGGUAGAUUACUACCAAUCCUAGAAGCUGUAGUGUCAAUGCCUGAGGCUGAAGGAAAGCUCAUAUCAGUGGAUACUUUCUACUCUGAAGUUGCUUUAGAAGCAGUGAGUAAAGGGGCUCAUCUUAUAAAUGAUGUAUCUGCUGGGAAGUUAGAUAGUAACAUGUUUAAGGUAAUGGCAGAUCUUGAUGUUCCUUAUGUUGCAAUGCACAUGAGGGGGGACCCAUCUACAAUGCAGAAUAGUGAAAACCUGAAGUAUGAUAAUGUCUGUAAGGAAAUAUCAUCAGAAUUAUACUCAAGGGUCAGAGAGGCUGAGAUCUCAGGAAUACCAGCAUGGAGGAUUAUCAUUGACCCUGGCAUUGGGUUCUCAAAGAAAACUGAAGACAAUUUGGAAAUCCUGUUGGGACUACCUGAUAUCAGAAAAGAGAUUGGCAGAAGAAGUUUGUCCAUAUCUCAUGCUCCCAUGCUAAUUGGAGCCUCUAGAAAGAGAUUUUUAAGUGAAAUUUGCCCUCGUCCGGCGGCAGAAAGGGAUCCUGCUACAAUCGCUGCUGUCACGGCUGGUGUUUUAGGAGGGGCUAAUAUUGUUAGGGUGCAUAAUGUGAAAGCUAAUCUAGAUGCCGUGAAGCUAUGUGAUGCAAUUCUAAGACAGAAAAGUUCUCACAUGAAAUCUCGACAUUGAGAGUAUUUAUGCAGCAAGAACUCUAUUGGUGUUGUUCUUUGCUAUGUCCUUCCUACUGCAAUGUUUUCUGUAGAACACCACGAUGCUGCUAAAGCCAGCACAGAGAAGCAUCGAGUACAAUGUAGCAUUUGAUAAUCAGCAAACCAUGUUCUAUGGUAAUUUUGUCUCCUGUUUAUCUCAUUCCUUUUUCUUUAAUCAGCAAAAAGGCCAUCAAAUUAAUAGAGGUAAAACCAAAUAAAGAUGAAAGUUUAAAGCCAAACAACAUAAAGGUUAUGGCUAAGGACACAACACUACUAAAAAUGCUUGACCCUCUGAUGUUAUAAGUCUAUCCCAGCCUCACUCAGACAUAGUUUAUCUCAUUCCUUAACAAGUAUUUGAUUCACUGAUUUUAUUCAACCCUUCAUUUGUAACUUGUUGAUUCACAGAUUUUGUCAUAUUCAACAAUUUAUGAUUCCUCCAAAAA